GGCUACACGUCAGGAAGGAUGUCGAACUUACGAUAAGGCAACGCUUGUGAACUGUGCCAUUGCAACAAUGCAACCUUCCGGUGCCUUCUUCCUGAGUGCCUUGCUAUUCCUAGCGUUAGUGGCCGUCAAUCAAAACAUCUGGCUAUGGCAGGACGAUUGCAGCGCGACCGAGGAGGAGCCGCUGCAAUUUUUGCAGACCUGUCAGUCUGCGAUGCCGGUAGCCAGUUAUAACAUGACAUGGAACCGUCAGUUGUAUGCAAUUGACCCACUGGUGGUUUCGACGUCUGACACGUGCGGCGAAGGGUUAAGGACGGAGCGCUCAAGCGCCGUCGACAGCAAGCCUGCGGCCGGCCAUGCAGAGGGCGAGUGCCUGCCCCCGGCAGAUAAGCACAUGAGCCCAGGCCAGCUGCUACGUUGGUUAUGUAGCAGCAUGGCAGCAGCUUCGGUACUAUGGUCAAUCCUGCGCCUUUGCGUCAGGGCCAUGCGUUUGGCUUUCCCGGACGCGUCAGUCAAGCGCUACCAGGCGUGUAAGGAGUUGGUCUGGGACCUCCGGCGUCAAGCGGCGGAAUGGGCGGCAUCGCGGGCAACAGACCCGCUGUAUAGGCAGUACCGCCAAAGCGGAAGCGGCGGCAGCGCAUUUCACGAGCAAGCUAACUCGCCGAAUAAGCAGCAGCUUAGUCCACAGGAGUUGUUCCGAGCAUCCUCCCUGCCAAACUCGUCAUCACAGAGACGCGUCCCUGGUGCGGCUAACACGCCCGACCCAAAUGCCGACUCGCUGCCGAACGCCGCGGCCGUGGCCGUGUGCGUGCACAAGUUCUUGUGCGGGCGGCGGUCUCGCCGAUGGCAUGACGCGCCGCCGCCGCCGAUAGAGCUGGUGCAGCUGCUCCAAACGGCAGCGAGGACCUACGUGGAUUUCGUGCACCGUGAUAUGGCCGAGACCUUCAUGCAAAACAUCUGGGAGCGCGAAGAGUUAGAUCCAGACUGCCUGUACGAGUUCAGCAUGCUGGAUCCAGCGAUCCAGCCCGACCCUGAGCCGGGUCACGAGCACGAGCAGCAGCCGCACUUGGCGGCGGCGCUGGUGCAGGACAUCACAGCAGUGGGCCAAUCCACACUGUCCGGCUACUGCUGGCUGCUGGAGCUGCUUGGCUUCGCCAGCCUUAAGCUGGUGCUGGUGCCGGCGUUCCGCGUGCUGGGGUUCCUGGUGCGCGCAGUUUCGCGCGUGUUCGCCUGAUGCUAGUCAGCAGUCAUGGAAUGAGGCGUGAGAGGGCGAGAGACAGCGAGAGGUGGAUGGCGGGCAGGACCUGCUGUGCGGCAGUCUCCACAGUGACACAGACCGAUGGCAGAAUGGCAUUUUUUGCGGGAGGUUGCAUAAUAGUUGUCGGUAUUUUUUGUAGGCUCGAGCUUAGUCCAACGUGAGGCGCACGCCAUCAUGCCGUGCCGCAUUCACCAGCGCCGGGAGUCCGGGACAUUUCCCCAUGGCACGCGCAAUGUUCUCAUAGAACUACUUAAGAUUCAUGCCAUAGCAUUGGCCAGAACUGCAAUAAUGAAUCCUCCUUGGUUGAAAGAUGCAUCCCUCUCGAGGGAUGCCGGGGCCUCGGCGGACAGGGUCCGGUGUUCGCAUGCAUCUACUGCCAGUCAGCAGCUCAUUUACAGGGUGCAGAGCACAGGCCGCUGUGUUGUGAGGCCGCCCGGUGCACACCCAGCCGCUGGCCGCACCGACGCACGUCUUGGCGGUAGCAGGUAUGCAUUCCUGGUCCUGCCUAUGGUUCGCGUGGGGUGGCCGAUUUGUGUGCGAGGCGUUUGAUGACGCUGUAUUGCGGGGCAGGCUUACGGUGUAGAGCUUGCUGUACGGCAUAUUACGUGGAGUACUGGAUAUUUGUUUAGGAGAGGAAGAUUGGUGUGAUAUGGGGUAUGAUCGUGGGGGUAUGAUCGUGGGAUAAGAUUGUGGGUUUGGGCUCAUGUUGGGCCGAGAGCGGUUUUACACUGUACUGCACCGCUGCUUUCUGCAUGGAAUCAUCAAGGGAUCGAAGAUGCUUAUAAAGAUAACAAUGCGAAGCCGGAGGCAUGUAGUGGAGAGCAGGUGCAACGCCUGACUCGGUGUCAGUUGUGCAGGUACAUAAGAGCACGCGCAGAUAUGGUGUGGCCCGUGCCACCGAUUUGGCUAGGGUGGCAAUGAGAGGGGGAUGGUUUCACCUCAGUAGGCAGUCUUGCCCCCUCAGCCUCAGCGCGGGUGGGUGGGUGGGAGCGUUGAGUUGAUGAGGUGUGCACAACUCAGAACGCAAGGCAUAGUGUCUUAAAUCUCGCUGUGACUUGGGCUCCUCUCAGAGCGCCAGCUCAACGCUUGCUGCGGCAAGUCGCUGGAUUGCGCUGGGCCUUGGUGGAAUCUGGGCCAUGGUCUGGGCCGCGAGGCAGGGUAAUAUGAACUGAGGGAGGGUAGUAUGGGCUGAAGCGUAUGCGGCGCUGGGAAAUUCAGCAGAGCAAUC